AUGGGCACCUCGGGUAUCCAAAACCUCCCAGUUGAGCUACUGGCGGACAUCGCCACGUUUACCGAGUCUCCUGAACUAUGCGCUUUUCGGCUCACCUGCCGAGCGAUGUAUCAGAGCAGCCUUCACCACUUCGCACAAACUUUUGUACACACCUUAAAGACAGACCUUUCACCGAAGUCACUUGCCCGGGUCCAGGAAGCAGCGAACGAUGAAACAUUUCGCCCUUGUGUCCACAAAUUAGAGAUCGUCAGGAAUUCAAAGGGUUGCCUGGGACCAUUAUCCCCUGAUAUCACAUCAAAAGGAACAUAUAUCCAAGCAUGGCGUGAUGUGAUGAAACGCUUAGUGAACUGUCAAUCUUUCGAGAUGCGCAAUUCAACCUAUACAACACCGAAAAUCGGUGACGAUGGCAUCACGCUUGACGAGGCCACUGGCCUUAUUCUCGAAGCCAUAGCUACUGAGCACAUCCCGAUGGGAUCUUUCUCGAUUGAUAUUAUCAAAUACAGAAGCAGAGACCACCAUGAUAACCUAACGCAAUUUGGUAUCACCACUUUUGGAAUCCCGGCCUUUUCCAAUCUCAAGGAACUGAGCCUUGCAGUCCCGGAUGCCGAGUCUGGGACUAUUGAUUGGAUGGCGAAGAUGAUUCAAUGUGCCAAAUCUCUCAGAAAGCUGACCAUAAUUUUCAGCUUCAACUGCGAAUCAACUUCACUUCUCUCCCAGCUUUCAUCGGUUGGAUGCUUGCCCGAACUUGAAGAAUUGACUUUCUCACGGAUGUCAUUCUACUCUUCGGCUGCUUUGACCAUUUUCCUUUACAGUAUUCAAGACUCUCUUCGCCGUGUGACUUUUUCUUUUGUGCAACUCGAGUUUGGAGGUUGGCGGUCCAUUCUCCGCGAGUUGGCUGGAGGUGUAUACCAGCUUGACAGCGUGAAUCUGCAUCGUGUACUAGAAGUGGAUAAGUUUCUGAGCUUUCGGAGGAUUCCAGGAUACCAAAUUGCGGAAAAUGCCGUAGACAAGAGAAUAUAUCGUCCGUUCCCAUUGCGCGCGGAAGAUGUGAGUUUCAGCUGCUCGGGUCCGGCUUUACAACAGGUUUUACAGAAAGCGGCCGACUUAGCAGAAGUUAGGCUGGGAUGA